GUAGUUGGAACAUAAAUUGACAAAUCGACUGUUUUAAAAGAAUAGUGGGAAGAAGUAGUGGUUGCUGCUCGCCCAAGUUUUAGAGCUUUCGCUUUAUGUCUUCUUUUUCAGAACUGGCUAGUAGUUCUGCAGGGAAGCAUUGUGGAAGGACGGCACAAUGGUGGGCGUUUCGGAUAUUCCGGAGCAAAUCGUCAAUCUAAACGUUGGUGGACAACGAUUUGCAACUAGCUCACAUACGUUGACCUGGAUACCUGACUCAUUUUUCACAAGUUUGCUAAGCGGUCGGAUACCUACGGUACGUGAUGAUAAUGGCGCGAUCUUCAUCGACAGAGAUCCAGAUGUGUUCCGGAUAAUAUUGAACUACCUACGAACCAAGCAGGUGGAUCUAAGCAACAUCGCCCCCAGCACACUAAAACACGAAGCACAGUAUUUUGGUUUGGCUCCGCUAGUUCGACGCUUGACACUCUGUGAAGAGUUGGAUGUCUCUUCAUGUGGAUCGGUUCUAUUCCAUGCGAUGAUUCCAGCACCAAAUCUGCCAUUUGAGCGUGCAAUGCCUGAAAGGAAGGCUGAAACUAGCGGAUCUUCUGAUAAUUCUGCGCAGACCAAAGUAGCAGGGGAAACAACAAAGUCUACAUCAAGCAACGAUGCAACUGGAUGCGGCUGUUAUGGUAAGACGCAGCAGUCGGGAGGAUCCACAAAUACAGGUGAACGUAUGGAAGGAUGGUACUCAAGGCAUGGCAGUGGGCACAGUACGCCGCGGAUCUACGGUCACUGCAAGAAAAGUUCCUAUGAGCUGGCCAGAUAUAUUCGGAAUGAGCUCUCACAGCUCAAGCAUCAAACUAGAUCCCCAUCUGAGGAUGAGCUCGAUCCACUGCGAGUACGCAUUGUAAAAGCCCAUCACAACUCCAUCAUUGUCGGUUAUGCGUAUUACGCAUGCGUCUAUCGGAUGAAAGAAUCGCUUGGAUGGCAAAGUGUGUACAGUACACCUCGCAUGGAAUCGUUGAUCAAACAUGUUGCGCUGAAUACGAAGUUUGGGCCACAGAAUACGGAUAGAAUGGUGGCUGUUGCAUUGGCAAAUGGCAGUAUACUGUUGUGGGCUUUGGAAGAUGGAGAUAAUGCGUCUAAAAUUGGAACAUUCUCGCUCUCUGUAGCUGUGGAUAAGCUAUUUUUCAUCGGUAGCCAAAUGGUGGCUCUAAGCAGAACCGGAAAAGUUGGGAUAUGGCAUUCGAUGACACACAAUUGGCAAGUACAAGAUGUUGUGGCUAUAUCCUGCUAUGACACCGCCGGAUCAUCGCUCUUGCUAGGUUGCACGAAUGGCUCAAUGUACUACAUCGACAUGCAAAAGUUUCCACUGAGAAUGAAGGAUAACGAUUUACUAGUCACUGAACUUUACAAGGAUCCAAAUGGUGAUGGCAUCACUUCCAUCAGUGUUUAUCUGACUCCAAAAACAAAUGUUUGCGGAAAUUGGAUUGAAAUUGCUUACGGAACUUCGUCUGGUGCUGUGCGAGUGAUUGUGCAGCACCCGGAAACCGUAGGACAUGGCCCACAGCUCUUCCAAACCUAUACUGUACAUAACUCGCCGGUGACUCGAGUCACACUAAGCACAAAUCACUUGAUUAGCGUCUGCUCGGAGUAUAAUCACGUCCGGUCUUGGAUGGUGACACGUUUUCGAGGAAUGAUCAGCACCCAGCCCGGCAGCACAAGUUUGGCUUCUUUCAAAGUGCUGACUUUGGAUUCUACAGACGACUCGGUGGACAGAGAUUACGCUGAUCCUGGGCCAUAUGGCGACCAGGAUGGAGACCAAGUCUUUGUCCAGCGAGUGGUACCCAACACAAAUCAGUUAUUUGUUCGACUAGCUUCGACAGGAGAGAGGAUAUGUACGAUUAGAUCUGUAGAUGGCGCCGCCAUUUCUUCCUUCACUGUGCAUGAGUGCGAAGGAUCGAACAGAAUGGGUAGCCGACCCAGGCGAUUCCUGUUUUGCGGAACAACGAGCGGAAGUGUGCAGAUGUGGGACUUGACGACCGCGUUAGAUCAAUACAUGGCAGCUCGUCAGAAUCCGCUGACUACUGCACCUUCAGCGAGUGGUAUGGAUACGUUGAAGCCAGCAUCGGGCGCAGUGAAAUUACCACCUACGUUACUGCAGGGUUUGAAUGGGCCAUCACCCCAAGAACUUUUACAAUUAAUUGACGAGUGCGAGAUUUGCUGUAACAGUAUGAGUCCGACGCCUGCAUCAACUCCGCAUUCAUCUGUAGCACAUCUUCCGGGGCUUUAGAUUAUCCAGAGCUUUGGGGCUUCACAUCAUAUCAACGAGAUAGAAAUUCGUGCUACCAUAUAGUUCAUGAUAAGCAAAAACCGAUGAAUACAGCUGAAAUAUGCAAAUUUUAGCUUUUGAGGGUACACAUGCAGCUGACAGUUUCUGAGAGUUUUGAACACUAUGGCUUCGAGAUACAUUCCAUUUACAGAGCAUCUGUGAUAUUAUACUCGCAAAUUUGAUAGAAUUAUGUUCAGUUGGCAUACAUAGAGAACUUGGCAUCAACACUUAUCCUUUGAUGAAUAAAGAAUGAAAG